AUGAGAAAUGAGGAUUUGUGUAGAUCAGAUGUCUUCAGGCCGUGCUGCGAUGCUGCACGCCUCGGGUCCUGGUCGGUGCGGCAGUCGUCAAAAAUCGGGGCCCUGGGCCGCAUGGCGGCGGCCCGAACCGGGGGUCAGCACGGAGCUAGCCCCGAUGUGGCCCCACUUCUCGCCGGCGAGCCCCGGCCCCAGCUCCGUAUUCAGGCCCACCAAAGCUGCGGUGAUGAGGUCAUCCUUUUGAAGGUUGUGGAGAAUCCACACUUGGCAAUCGACACUCCACAGCGUAACAUAGCGUCGCUGUUCGUCCUCAACAUGGCCGAGCAGAAUCGCAAGUGGCAGACCCGUCAGGAUGGUCUUGACAAGGUUUUCCAAGUCGCGGAAGCGGUGCCAAAGCCUGGAGCGGGGGAAGUACUCGUCCGUAUCAAGGCUGUCUCGCUGAACUAUCGCGACACGGAAGUUGCCAUGGGUCUUUAUGGCCACCACAAGACCAUCGAUGCGACCUCCAAAGAGCCCCUGGUCCUGUGUUCCGAUAUGUGCGCUGAGGUGGUUGCCAUCGGCUCGGACGUCUCAUCAUGGAAGACCGGCGAUCGAGUCAUGGGCACUUUCUGUCAGGACCACCUGACUGGCCAGAUCAAAGCGCACCACAUGGGAUCCGGACUAGGCUUGCCGUUGGAAGGCGUCCUACAGGACUAUCGUGUGUUCCCAGAGCAGGGGCUGGUCAAGGCGCCGGACUACCUCACGGAUGAAGAGGCUAGCUGCCUCCCUGUCGCAGCCGUGACAGCAUGGAUGUCUAUCAAUGGCUUCAGACCUCUCGGACAGUCUGGCGGCAAGGGACAAGUCGUGCUCGUCCAAGGCACCGGAGGUGUCAGUAUCAGCGGGCUGCAGAUCGCUAAAGCAAGCGGGGCUACAACCAUCGUGACAUCGUCAUCUGACGAGAAGCUCUCUCGAGCAAAGGCACUCGGCGCCGAUCACACGAUCAACUACCGAACAAUCCCAGACUGGCAGGACAAGGUCUUGGAGCUUACCGGCGGCAAUGGAGCAGACAUCAUCUUUGAAGUUGGCGGCGCCAAGACCCUGCGCAAAUCCUUCAAGUGCGCGUCCUUCGGGGGUAUUAUAAAUAGCAUUGGCUAUGUGACAGGCAAGCAAGACGACCCUAAAGAUGACCUGACCAACAUAAAUGUCCUUGCCUUGACCCGGACAGUCACCCUCAAAGGUAUUAUCAAUGGUCCCAAAGACAGGUUCGAGGAACUGUGUGAUUUCUACGCACAGCAAGGGGUUCGGCCAGUGGUGGAUCGGGUGUUUGAGUUUGGACAGGCUAAGGAGGCGCUGCAGUACUUGUACAGCGGGUCACACUUUGGGAAGGUCGUGAUUAGCGUCAGUGCUUAG